GGCAUGCUGCACACACACCUCAGACUGAAGAUGCUCACACUGAUGUGGAUUAUAGCAAUCCUUUGUGAUAAAGUUGUGGACUCUACACAGACAAAGGGUGUAAAUCAGCCAAACCCGGUGAUCAAUGCUGCUGUUGGUGAUAACGUGACUCUGCACUGCUUUCAACUGGGAGAGCUGAACACUGAUGCCAUCAUUUGGUACAAGCAAAAAGUAGGACACAAGCCUUGUGUAAUGGUUACAGUUUUAGGUGAACCCAAAUACGAAGAUGAGUUUAAGCCACCAAAAUUCAGCAUCAAAAAAGAAACAAAGAGCUGCCAUUUAAAAAUCUCUAAUGUGGAUCCAUCAGAUGAAGCGAUGUAUUACUGUGGAUUUAGAGAUUUUUUAACACAUUUUGGAAAUGGAACGUUUUUAGCAGUGACGGGUGAUGAAGAUGUUAAAGUCUCCGUGUUCCAGAGCAGUGUGUUGGACUCGGUUCCUGCAGGAGCGUCAGUGACUCUGCAGUGCUCGGUUCUCUCUGAGAGCAGAGCAGCAGAACUCCAAGUGCUCUGGUUCAGAGCUGCUCCACCACAAUCCCAUCCUCAAAUCAUUUACACUCAUCACAACAGCAGCCAUCAGUGUGAGAGCCGCUCUUCUACACACACCUGGGUGUACAAUUUCUCCAAGAACAUCCUCAGCCUCAAUGAUACGGGGACUUACUACUGCGCUGUGGCCGCGUGUGGGAAGAUCAUUUUUGGCAACGGGACACGAGUACAACUGGAGGGAUCUGUGAAUCCUGUCGUGAUCUGCCUCACUGUAGCUUUGGGAGUGUGUGUCAUUGUGAUCUUUGCAUUGAUGUUUGUCGUAACCCGUAAAGAAGGAGACAAGGUGAGACUCAAACAAGUUUCUGUGAUGAAGAAGACCCUCACUCAGGACUGUGACAACAGGGAGCUGAAUUACGCUGCAUUAAAUUUCAGUGAAAGAAAAACCAAAAGAGGAAGACCAAAGAAAGAACAUCCUCAAGAUGUUAUAUAUUCAGAUAUACGAGGUCCUACUGUAGCUUAGAUUUGAUUUGUCAUCUGAAUUGGUGUCAAGGUUUAUUUUUUACUGCAAAUGUUUUUUGUUAUAGAUUGUUUUAAACUAAAAUCUAAAUGUUGUAGAAGUCUUAAAUAAUUUAAACAUGCACACACAUAAGCAUACACACACACGCACACACACACACACACACACGUACGUUUGUAAUUUGCAUGUGUACAUAUCAAUAUGCAGUAUAUUUGUAUAUAUUAACCUUUUCUUUUACACAGGCCAGUCGUUCCUCUCCACAUGCACGAGUCUUGCCGUUCAUGAUUCUGUGACUGGUUAGCUGUUUUUCAUUCUUGGAUCACUUUUGUUCAUUAUCAGGGGAUCGUGUUUAAAACAUACCAUAGUACACUACAGUACUAGAUAAUA